AAAUGAAUUCAGUCAAAAGAAAGGAACAAAAAUCAACUUCGUGCAGAAUGAGUGAAGUACCUAGAGUACAAACACCAUCGAAACAACUUGCUGAUGAAGCCCUUUCUCAAAGAAAUCAUAUUUUUCCAGUUGUAGAUGCAGUAAAAGAUGAAGUGGUUGAAAUAGAGGAAAAUGAGAAAGUAGUGCAAGGAGAUAGAAAUGAGGAAGUAGCUCUCGGAGGAGGAGGAGAAAGUAGUUCGAGGUCUAGAGCCAUAGGGAAAGAAGUAGGGGAAAGGUCGGCGACUGAUGUUGAGUUUAGAUCAGAAGUCCAACAUAGCAUCCCUUCAACCCCUGGAUUUGUCAAAACUUUCAGUAUUGACAAGUUUCAAGUGAAGAUGCCCAUUGAUGAUGAUACAAAUUUUGGUGAUUCUGUUGUUAAAUCUGUGAUGGGAAAAGUAUUUGAUAAAUUCAGGGUGAUAUUGAAGGAGCAAAAGUUGGAGACUUUCUUUAGGUCUAGCUGUUUUGGGUUGUAUCUUGAUCUUCCUGAGAAUAAUAAUGCACGUUUUCAAAUGACUAUGGUCUAUGGUCUUUUGAAACGUAGGAUUCUAUAUGAGGAUGAGGAAAAAAAAGAUGAGAUCUGGAUAAACUACUGUGGCAUGCCAAUAUGUUUUAGUAUUAAAGAAUUUUCCAUAAUUACUGGACUUAAAUGUCAUCAUGCUGUUCAGCCUCUUCCUAUUGUUAAGCCAAAGAAUACAACCAACAAAACAAAGAAAGUCGAAGGCAAAGAAAAAAUAGCUGAUGAUGAUGACUUGGUGGACAUUGUUGGUAAGAGCUACAAAAGCACAAAUUUGCUCAAAGAUCUGGAGUCUAAAACACUUUCAAGUAAGCACAAAGAGUCAUUGUGCUUAGUUUGGUUCGUGCAUGCUAUUCUAUGGGCCAAAGACACCAACCAAAUCAUACCAGCUAGUUUGUUAAAGUUAUCUCGGGAUCGUGAGGAAUUCAACAACUAUCCAUGGGGUCACGAAAGCUACAAUUUAACUGUAAAAUAUUUGUUGCAAAAGUUAACACCCAAAACAAUCAAUCUAUAUGGUUUUCCUUGGGCUUUCAUGGCUUGGGCAUUUGAAGCCAUUCCUCACCUCCGACAGCAAGUCAAGGACUACUCUGAAAAGGUUUCUUAUCCAAGGAUCCUUAGAUGGUUGUCUGCCAAGAACAACAUAAAAGUGAAUGUUGUUGACUUGUUCACCCCUCCUGAUGAUGCAAUUGUGCAUCCGUGGCUUAUCCCUACUGAGCUAGAAUCAACCAUGCCAUUCCUUCUUACUUUAGGAUUUGUGAGAACUUUACCUGAUCCUAAGGUUAUUGAUAGGAUUAAAAGAGAAUUGGAUGGAGCUACAUCCAUCAAAAGGGAAGCACUGGGGGGUGGUGAUGAGGCUGUUGGU